AUGGAGGCGGCGGCGGCGGCGGGGGGCGCGCGGGCCCUGCGGGUGCUCACGGGGUGCCUGCUGGGCGCCCUGGUGCUGAGCACGGUGCUGGGCAACGCGCUGGUGUGCCUGGCCGUGCUGCGCUUCCGCCACCUGCGCGCCAAGGUCACCAACUGGUUCGUGCUGUCGCUGGCCGUCUCCGACCUGUGCGUGGCCCUGCUGGUGAUGCCCUGGAAGGCGGUCACCGAGGUGGCCGGCGGCUCGUGGCUCUUCGGCAGCCGCUUUUGCGACACCUGGGUGGCCUUCGACAUUAUGUGCUCCACCGCCUCCAUCCUCCACCUCUGCAUCAUCAGCCUCGACCGGUACUGGGCCAUCGCCAGCCCCUUUCGCUACGAGCGUAGGAUGACGCAGCGCCUGGCCUGCGCCAUGAUAGCUGUGGCCUGGGCCCUCUCCAUCCUCAUCUCCUUCAUCCCGGUGCAGCUACAUUGGCAUAAAGCCCCGGACAGGAGGCCGCCAGGGUCCUGGCUGCCCAGGACGCCCCGCUGUGACAUCCGCCUGAACCGCACGUACGCCAUCACCUCCUCCCUCAUCAGCUUCUACAUCCCCGUGGCCAUCAUGAUCAUCACCUAUACCCGCAUCUACCGAAUCGCCCAGGCCCAGAUCCGCCGCAUCUCCAGCCUCGAGCGAGCCGGGGGGCAAUGCCUGGCUCUCAGCAAGGAGCCUACCUCCUCCUUACGGAGCUGCCUGCGCAAGGAGACCAAGGUGCUGCAGACCCUCUCCGUCAUCAUGGGCGUCUUCGUUUGCUGCUGGCUGCCCUUCUUCCUGCUCAACUGCCUGCUGCCUUUCUGCCAGCCUGCGCCGGAGAGUAGCCACGAGGGGCAGUCGCCCUGCAUUGGCCAAACCGCCUUCAACAUCUUUGUGUGGUUUGGCUGGGCCAACUCCUCCGUGAACCCGGUGAUCUACGCUUUCAACGCGGACUUCAGGCGGGCGUUCAGCAGCCUGCUGGGCUGCCAGUGCUUCUGCUGUGGCACAGCCAGGUCCACCGUGCAGAGGGUCGACUUCAGCAAUGAGCUAGUGUCCUAUCACCAUGACACCACCUGCCAGAAGGACGGAGCUGCCUCGUCCUCGGUGCCACCCGCUGCCGUGGCCGCCUGGGUGCAGCCCGCGCCCCGUGCCACAAGCCUCCGGGGAGAAGGCAGCAGCGAGGGGCCACCUGUGGAGAAAAGGCCUGCGACUCCCCAUACGGAGGCUGCUCCCGGCAGCAGCCCCAAGUGUCUUCCUGUGCCAGCCACCUUGCCGUUUGACUGUGAGGCAGAGAUAUCCCUGGAAACGAUUACUCCCUUUGCAGGGCUUGGUGGAGGUGAAAGACCCCGUCACCGUAUUCCGGAGGGAUAAGCGGUGCUGCGUUCACACACAGCUGUCCCAGACCCGGGCAUUCGCUUGGCUUCCAUGUAGGAUAGUCCUCUCCCCCAGCAAACAGUGUCCUGCACGAGAGGGGCGAGAGCCUGCAGCUCUUACCCCGGAAGGUGAGAGGCAUAUAAUGUCUAUCCCAAAAGCGCAGCAACUCCAUAUUGACAUCUUCCGCCUGUCACCUUCAGCCCUUGCUCUCGCUCACAUUUCCCAUGCAUUUGUUCACCCACCCCUCUUCUAUCAAUAACUUCUAUGAUUUUUGUUGAGAAUGAAUUAGAUCAAAACAAAACCAAGACUCUAUAAUAUCAUCUCAUGCAGAUAAGUUAAUCUUAGAUUUAGCUACAUUUCUAAAAAAAACACAUUUUUUUCCUCAUGGCUUCACAUCAUACAGUUGCACACUUCUGGUCUUAAAGCUCUGUGUUUGGUUUUAGUUCUGUAUUUAUUUCAGAGCUGAGUGUCUGGAUUUAAAUCUCUGACUCAGUGAUUAGUCUCUUAAAAAUUGCUCAACUGAAACAUCACCAUCUUAUUGUGAAGUCGAAAGCAUGCCAAAAACCUGGAAAAAACAAGUUGCUUUUAUGUAGGGCCCUAGGCACAGUUUCAGGUGCCUAACUUUGGUGUCCAGGCUUAAUGAUACUGACCUAGGAUCUUCCUCAUCUUCAGAUGUUAGAAAAUCUGUUACUGCAUAAAGUUGAGGUAACAGCAGCAGCUAAUCAGUACAGCAUCUGAUAACUAACAAUACAAUUCCAGAGCAACUUAAGCUGCUCUAAACUAAGACUGCUGCAAUCUUUCCUUUCUCGUGUUGGUUUAGGCAGCUGAUCCUUCCAGAAAGUAAUCUGGUCAAAGAAAAACAACCCAACCCGACCAAACAAAAAGACCCUGGGUUAUCUCUCUGAACCCAUCCACUGCUUGUUCGUAGGAAUGCCAGUGCUAGUAGAUGGGAAGAGGUUGGACUGCAAGGAUGAGGGCAGGUAGGGGGUGGCAUUCAGAUUUAAACUUCCUACAGAAUUAAACUUCCUACAUCCUCUGAGAAAAAAGCUGGCAAUCUUUCUUUGCAAUACACUAGUUGUAAUCUCAUCUUCAGGCAUGAAAAGAAGCAAAACAAGCAAAAUAAAAUAUGAUACCAAUGUGCAUGAGCAGAAGAACCUUCUGUGGGGGGCUAGUUGAUGCCCCAGAUAUGUAGAAAGACAUGGGACAGCUGUGGACAUGCCAGAGAAGAGCUACAAGAACAACCAGCAACACAGGAAAUGAACUACAACAAAAGGCAGAACAAGUUGUAGCCGGAGUGUUUAAAGGAGAGAAGAUACAGAGGAACAUGGCAAAACCUAAGGGAACACAGCAGCACCUCACUAUCCUUCGCCUCCUUAUCCAUCGCUUGGGAGUUCUGUUGCUGAUCAUUUAAUACUGUGCUCUGCCAGCCACCACCAUUACCCCAUUUUUCUGUCCUUCGCCUAUGAUUGAGUCAAUUGGCCUUGAUGCUUUCAAAGGAAAAUGAUGACAAUGAUGAAAAUGCAACAGUUCAGAAAGAGGCAGCAAGAACGCUUACACUAAAAGAGUUAUCGUGGGCAUUCAGUCUCAUAGGUGGCACAGCUGAGGUUUUUCAGGACAGUGAUCCAUUCUGGAAAGCCAGCUACUGAAAAGCACGGCUAAAGAACCAGCAUUUCCUCCCAGAGAUCCUGCUCUUGUCUCUCCAUCCUCUGCCCAUAUACUGUCCCUGUGAAUUUAAACUGUGUGUAGUGCUUAAGUCCCUGCACACAUUCCCCCUCUAUCGCAUUAAUUCAUAUAGGAAAAUUGCUUUGCUGUCCAUUGAAUUGCUAACCAUUGCACUUCUCAGAAAUGCAUCCUUGAUGGAUAGUGGGGUUGGGGCUGAAAUCUGCUCACCAUGGCCAGGAUUGUCAGGACAAAAAGCAAUGGGCUUAACUGAAGUCAGAAAGACCAAGAUAAAACAUUGGAAAAACUUUCUAAGAAUAAGGAUAAUUAAGCACUGCAAUAGAUCACCUAGGAAGGUUACGAAGUCUCCAUCAGGGAAAGUUUUUAAGACGAUAUUACCAAACAGCCAUCAGAAAUGACACAGACAUUGUUAAUCCUGUCUUGGGGCAGAGUAUAAUGAUCUGAGAUCCCUUCUAGUCCUGCUUCACUGUGACAUGAUUCCUUAAGGCAGCAGGGAGGUUAAGAUGUUUGAAUUUUUGUUUGCAUCUGAUCAUCCUUAGCAAAAGGGCAUACAGAUAAGAACUUCAAGACUACAUUUGGAUAGUUGCCUUUCUCUUAGUGAUUAUCCAUUUUUGUUAGGCUUUAACAACUAUCAUUCAACAUGCUUGAUGUUUCACCUGGAGAGUAAUCCUGAAAUCAGUUCACAUAUAUGAGAUCUAUAUUUUUCAUUUUGAUUCCCUUUGACAAUUUUCUAGGCUUUGUUUUCUGAAGCAUACAUAGAUUGAGCUGCUAAAGUGUCCAUAUAUAUCUGCUAGAGGAUUUUCCUUGCUACAUUUCUUUAUUCUUGUACAAACUGGAAAAUCCUAUGGUAAGACAGUCAGCAUGUUUUAUCUCCUCCAAAAAGCCAAAAUUAUAUCCUAGAGCUAUAAAAGACAUCUCAUCUCACCCCCUCCUCCUCCACACUAAAACCCAUCCUGGGGAGACACCGACACACCCGAUAAAACACUGCCCUGAAGUGCAGCUCCCGCGCUGCCUGUUGCAAGAGCUUCAGCUCACGCCAUCCCUCAGAGGGUCCCCUCUGCCUGCCCACACACGUCUUCGUGCACGUGGGCUAGCAGUCUUCUGGCAGUCAAGGCCACACAGAGUUAUUAUUCACAACAGCUUUUCUGAGUGUGUGUAAAGUCUUGUUAUUAGAGAUCAAAGCUGUUAAUUAAUGGAAGGGAAAGGUUUAUCUUCUCUGCAUAUGGGAGCUGUCUGGCUCAGGAAGUCUUCUGGACUUAAUAGAUCUAAUGAUGAAAGCUUAGCAUAUGACAGAGUGGGUUGCAGAAAUUAAGCAAGGAAUAUAUGUAAAUAAUUUUCUCUAAAGAGUAAUCACAAAUGCAUGGUAGCUUUGACUUAUGAAACUAUAUUUGUGUUAAGAAUGGGAAAAGCUAUCUUUAUCAGUUCUUGUGACUACAGUUUAAAUAAGGUUCACUAACAAGUCAGACUGUACUUGAAAAUAAAAGGAUAUUUAUUUAAAGAAGAAGAAAAUAUGGCUUUGACUGAAGCUUUCUAAAUGGACAAUUUAAAAUAACGCUUUGUAAGUGAUGCUGGAAAGAAGUGUUUGCACUUUAUAAUGGUCAUUACUGAUGCGCAGAUGUUACACAGAACUAUAUUCUAAAGUUGUAAUAUCUGAUGUGCAGUGUGAUGUUCAAGGCUGCAAUAAAUUUUAGAAAUUGUGUAUUAUAAAUUGUGUAUACUCCUUUUGAGUGGCAUAUAACUGAAGGUACUUCAUAUUAAAGCUACACUGCACAGCCCUUCAGACUGUUAAUGGCAUCUUCUACUAUUGUUGACUUAAUAAUAUAUAAAUAUUCAUACUGUAUGUAUCAUACUGUUUUUUUAUUUUCCUAAGCUAUAUAAGGCUCCUGAACAUUAAUCUGACUACAGAACAAGCAGUUCUGUGAACAGUAAAUGAACAAAACCUAUUUUCCUAAAAAUUUUUUUCUAAUGAUUGACUGAUUUCUCACUGACAUUUUUCUCAUGACAGGUAAGGCUGCUGUGUUAGAUUAGAUAAAGGCUCAGUUAAUAUUGUUAGGUUCCAGUCUGAUGAGAUACAUUCAAAUUAUUACAAAAAGCCACAGAUUUACUUCAGCAGAAAUUAAGAGGCAAAAUUCUUUCCUCCUUACACCAUUGCAAUUACUCAAAAGAAAUGCUUUCCAAAGCAAAACUUUGCCAGCAUUUUGUUAGCCAUUUCUGGGUCACAGCUUCCUUGGCUUGGUAGAACAAAAUGAAUCACAAAUGGUAAACCUAUUAUUUUAGGGAGAUCUACAAAGAGCUCUUCUUCUAACA